GCUGAAUAAUCUGUUAGUUAAAAUGAAAGACCAAUAAAGAAAUUAGGCAUCAGCAUUCGACUAUCUAUAUAUUACUGAGGAGAUAUCAAAAUAUCAUAUAUCAUCGUUUCGUUAAGUUCCAAUCAUUAAACCUAAAAAGAUAUCUGAUAAUCCUUUUUACGCUUUAACUAUGCAUAAAAGGAAAACCACCCCUAAAAUUGUUUAGACAGUUGAAUAAAAUGAAUAAAUUACGAAAGCAUUUCCAAAAAGAGAAUAAAGACACAAAUUGAGAUCCAGAACAAUUACUGAUAAUUCAAGUGUAGAAUUACCUAAAAUUAUAGAGAAAAAAUGGGAACCUAAGAAAGCACAUAUGUAUUAUAAUUUGAAUUAUUUGAUAUAAUAAACAAAGAGAGGUUUGAAAACAAUUCAUUAUUGA